CAGCUGUGCCUAUCAAAAACCUGCAGCCCUUGGCUACAGCAUUUCGUAGCCCCGCCUCGGCCUUUUCAUGUGCAGAGCGUAAGGCUGACACCACCCCCCUUCAUUCACUCUCGAGCUGAAAAUGGCUGCUGUGGCAGGGGCGCUCGGAAGGUUAUUGAAACCCUCGUUCAGCCGGACUAUUGCCUUUCCCUGGAGGGCGUCCGCCACUGCCGGAAGGUGCUUCACAGUGGCCGCGGCUGCCGGCGGGCGGAAGUGGGCGGCCGGUGCGACGCCCCCUUUUCCUCGGUUCCAGUUCAGUACAAGUUCUUCAAGGUUUGUUCCUGCUGUCACCCAGCAUGCACCCUAUUUUAAGGGUACAGCUGUGAUUAAUGGAGAUUUCAAAGAGCUGAGCUUAGAUGACUUUAAAGGGAAAUAUCUGGUUCUUUUCUUCUACCCUUUGGACUUCACUUUUGUGUGCCCGACGGAGAUAGUUGCUUUCAGUGACAAAGCGAACGAGUUUCAUGAUGUCAAUUGUGAGGUAGUUGCUGUAUCAGUGGAUUCUCACUUUAGUCACCUCGCCUGGAUUAAUACGCCACGAAAGAAUGGCGGUUUGGGCCAUAUGAAUAUUCCACUUCUUUCAGACUUAACGAAACAGAUCUCUCGAGAUUAUGGUGUGCUUUUGGAAGGGCCCGGUCUUGCAUUAAGGGGUCUCUUCUUAAUUGAUCCUAAUGGAAUUAUCAAGCAUUUGAGCAUCAAUGAUCUCCCUGUUGGUCGAAGUGUAGAAGAAACACUUCGCUUGGUGAAGGCAUUCCAGUUUGUAGAAACACAUGGAGAAGUCUGCCCAGCAAAUUGGACUCCAGAUUCCCCCACGAUCAAGCCAAGUCCAGAAGAAUCAAAAGAGUACUUUGAGAAAGUAAAUAAAUAAGAUCAUGAGUAAUAAGGAGUAGAAUACAUUUCAUUCAAACCAAAAGCUGACUUCCUAACAACUAUGAUUGUAAUAAAAGUAUGAGAUUAUUUUAA